AUGCAGGAAUCUUUCAACGGAUGGACAAUUCCUUGCCUAUUGGUCGGCGCAUGGGUAGCCUACAGCUCUUGGCUGGGGAUCUACCGCCUAUUCCUAAGCCCUUUGGCUAAAUUCCCGGGUCCUAAGCUAGCCGCUCUCACGCAAUGGUACGAAGCAUACUUUGAUAUGGUCAAGAAAGGUGGCGGUCAAUUCCCUUUCGAAAUCAAGCGGAUGCACGACAAAUAUGGUCCCAUUGUUCGUAUAAACCCCUUCGAGCUUCACGUCGACGAUCCAGACUUCUACGAUGUGAUCUACGCGACCAAUAAGGCAUACGACAAAAUGGAGCACUUCCAGCACCGUUUCAACGUGCCCCUGGCUACUUUUAGCACGUCUGACUCAGACGAGCAUCGCAUUCGCCGGGCGGCGAUCAGCCCCUUCUUCUCCAAGAGUCGGGUCCGAACCCAAAACGAACGAAUCCAACAGCUCGCCUCCGCCAUCUCCCAGCGACUGACUACGGAGUAUGCCGGGCAGAACAAGCCUCUGGACGUGGCUAACAUGUGGGGUUGCUACACAGCGGAUGUCAUUAUGGAUAUUGUCUUUGCGCGCCCCAAGCACUUUUCACGGUACCCGGACUUUGAGUCCCCAUUCACACUCGCCAUUCGCAACAUGUCGAGCUGGGCUCAUGUCACUCUGCAUUUUGGCUGGAUUUUGACCAUAAUGAACCAAUUUCCGGACGGAGUUGCCAAGGCCCUGUUUCCUCCAUUCAGACCAAUUAUUGAAUUCAAAGAAGAGAUGGCUAGUGAAAUUACCGAUAUCCUAGAAGGUCGAAACGAAGCUGCCAAGGAUGCUACCUAUUCAACGGUCUUUCACGAUCUCCUAUCCUCGAGCUUACCUCCCACAGAACUACGACCAGCGCGCCUCAAUGAUGAGGCUGUGAGCCUAGUGGGCGCAGGAACCGAAACAACGUCAUGGAGCCUAACGAUUGGAACAUUCCACAUCGUUAAUAAUCCGCAUGUGGCUCUGAAGCUGAAGGAUGAGCUGGCCCAAGCGAUCCCAGAUCCCAAUGAGAUGCCCUCUUGGACAGAGCUGGAGAAGCUUCCGUAUCUGAGCGCAGUGAUUAAGGAAAUGCUUAGGAUGGCGUUUGGCGGCGUUGAGCGCCUCCCUCGAAUCAAUCGACAUGGGACAUGGACCUAUGCAGAGUGGAAGAUCCCCGCAGGAACCCCCGUGGGCAUGGAUCAGUAUCAUAUGCACAUGAAUAAGGACAUAUACCCCGACCCGACAACUUUCCGGCCGGAGCGGUGGUUGGGAAACCCCAGAGCCCCCCACGGUGAGAAGCCCUUGACCCAUUACCUAACACCAUUCGCCAGAGGCACUCGUAUGUGCACCGGCCUUAACCUGGCCUAUGCGGAGAUUUUCAUCGGGAUAGCCACUAUUUUCAGGCGGCAUGAGUUUGAAUUGUUUGAAACGAGUAGGCGGGAUGUGGACUUUUACGCGGAGAACCUUAAGGCGACGCCGUGGCCGGGAAGUAAAGGGGUUCGCGUUUUGGUGAAAGAACUCAGAUAA